AUGGCAUACGAAAAAGUCGCCGGACGUGCUGAAAUCAUCAGUGUCCAUGAAGGACACCUGCUGAAGACAACCACAAAAGAGGAGGUGGACAGUUAUUUAAGGAUGUCGGAGUCAUUGGCCAAUGUGGCACCGAGGUGCUGCUACAUCAUCACCAACGGGAAGUUGGUCGAGAUGAAAAAAUGCAUGGUGUGCAUCCAGAACUCUUCAAAGAUCUCUCAGUUGAUGACAUCUCACUCCAACGGAGAAUUCCUAAUUCUAAAAGAUGAAGGAUAUGAAAUGGUCAAUCCACGCAUUAUGGAUCUGAAACUGGGAACACGAACUCACAGUGAUUACAUCCCCAAAGAAAAAAAAGAAAAUCACAUACGAAAGUGUAAGGCCACCACUUCUGAAAAACUAGGCCUCCGUCUCAGUGGAGCUGCUUUUGUCGGAAGUGGAGACUCCUUUGCAACGAAGUGGGACAAAGCUUUCGGAAAGUCUCUCAAAUCAGACCAAUUCUUCAAAGCCAUGAAGAACUUCUUUGACGUUGAUGAACGUCAGAAAACUGAAGUUCUUCGUCAACUUCUGAAAAUUAGAGUUGUACUAGAGGACAGUACAUCUCAUCGUUUCUUUGGAAGCUCACUGCUGAUUCUGAUUGAUGACGAAGGGCAGGAGACUGUCAAAGUCAAGCUGAUUGACUUCGCCAGUAUGGCUCGCUCGGAGACCGGUCAGCAACAAUACGACGGCGUCGAUAAUGGAGCAAUUCUGGGUGUCAACACCCUCAUCAAGUUUCUCACUAAAUAA